AUUGGUUAUAGGAUUUUUACAGAUGCGGGUUUGUUUGAGACAUUUCGUAUCCCAACCAAAGAAUUUAUGAAUUAUUUUCAAAAAUUAGAAGAUGGUUAUAGGGAAAAACCAUAUCACAAUAGAAUCCAUGCGGGAGAUGUACUACAUGCUGUGUAUUAUUUGUCAACUCAACCUAUACCCGGAUUUACACAGGUCAAUCCUGAGGAUACUUCAGAUAGUCUACAUAAAAAUGGAUCAUCCAGUGAUACAGAUUCUGAUAGUGGUGGUCCAUCAGGCCAUACGCCGACUGUCACACCAAGAGCCAGUUUUACAGCAGAUGAUAGCUACGGUAUAUUGGCUGGCAAUCUGCCUGCAUUGGAAUUGAUGGCGUUAUAUGUAGCAGCCGCAAUGCAUGAUUACGACCACCCUGGGCGAACCAAUGCAUUCCUAGUAGCAACCAGGGCAUCUCAGGCGAUACUUUACAAUGACCGAGCAGUAUUAGAAAACCACCACACAGCUGCAGCUUGGAGUCUUCUUCUUUCAUGUCCGCAGUACAACUUUCUUAGUCAGCUUGACGAGGCAGAGUAUAAAAGAUUUAGAUUUCUGGUUAUUGAAUUCAUUCUAGCUACUGAUUUGAAGAGGCAUUUUGAUUUCCUUGUUGAAUUCAAUGCUAAAGUUAAUGACUCAGAUGCACAAGGUAUUGAUUGGUCAGCGGAGCCUGAUAGAUUAUUAGUUUCUCAGAUGUGUAUUAAAUUAGCUGAUAUCUCUGGCCCGACCAAAUAUAAAAAUCUGCAUAUUAAUUGGACAUACAGGAUAUCAGAGGAAUUUUAUGAACAGGGUGAUGAAGAAGCUCGUUUAGGACUCCCUAUCUCCCCGUAUAUGGACAGGAGGAGCCCACAACUGGCUAAACUACAGGAAACCUUCAUCAAUCAUCUUGUGGCUCCAUUAUGUAAUGCUUAUGGUCAGGCUGGUUUGUUGCCUGGACAGUGGGUUGAGGAAGAUGAAGCGGAUCAAAAAAGUGAUGGAGAUAUCUCAGGAAAUGAGAGUACAAAUGAAGGGGGUACUGCAGAUGAGGAUGAAAGCGGUAAUGAAGUUGCAAAACUUCCAAUUAAAAAAUCAAGAAAAAUGGUAAGUAAACUGACACAGCAUAUAAAAGAUAACCAUGAAUGGUGGCUGAAAGUACUUGAAGAAGAAGCUAAAGAAAAAGCGGAAAAAGAAAAGAAAGAGAGAGAUGAAAAGAAAAAAAUUGAUGACACAGAAAUGGAAACUAUUGAAGAGGAAGAAAAAGAAAUUGAAGAAAAAAUUGAGCUCAAGAACGUUAAGCCAAAAGAAAAAAAGAAAGUUCGUCUUGGUCCUGUAUCAACAAUGGUCGAAAGUGACCAAUUAGAUGACAGUUCUCAAAACAGUUGUCAAGAUGAUGACAAGUAA